GAGAGGGGCGCAGGAUUCCGCCACCGUUUCCAUCGAGAGAGUCUCCGUUAAGGACAUAUUGCUGGUGACCACCGCAGGCAGAGGCAGGCAACACGUGCCUCAGCCGUCGAAGGCUUCUGUGUCGAAAGCAGAUCAAGGAGCAGAACGAGAACCGAGCAGAAUGCAGCCGCAGCCACCGCCGUCGAUGAUACCGAUUGGCAAUGGAGUCCAGUUCUCGAUUCAUAGUGGGAUGCUAGCAAUCGAGGAGGAGGAGCGGGAGAAAAUUGUGUUGAACAGCCCCAUCAACGAAGAUUACCGCAUUAUCGAUCCGAAGACCGGCUUUGCAAAAGGAAGGUAUGGCGUCUUGAAGCGGUGUAUUAACAAGGAGACAGGUGUGAUGUACGCGGCGAAAGUUAUUAAGAAUAACAUGCGUGGUGGCUGUUUCAUGGAGAACAUCUAUCACGAGAUUGCUGUUUUAUUGCUGUUCACCUCCUCAGAGCGCAUCGUGCGCCUUCAUGCAGUGUACAAGUCUUCCUCCGUAACGUCACUCAUAUUUGAGUAUGCUGCAGCUGGUGACUUGCAGAAGCUGCUCGAAAAGCAGACCACGGGACGGUUUCCAGAAGAGAAGUGUAAAGUGUGCAUGCGCGAGAUACUUCGCGCCCUCCGUGAACUUCACUCGAUAGGCAUUGCUCACCUUGACCUCAAGCCGCAGAACAUUCUGGUGAUGGGUGACGAUAUUGAAGAUGGCAUAAAACUGUGCGAUUUUGGUCUCUCCCGAAUGGUGGGCAAUGGCGUUCGAGAUGUGUGUGACCUCGCCGGAACACCAGAUUACAUAUCACCGGAAGUGCUGGCAUUCUCGCCGCUGUCAAUUAGUACGGAUAUCUGGUCGCUGGGCGUGAUAGCGUAUGUUAUUUUGAGCGGUCACACACCAUUCGGUGCCGAUGCUCGACAAGAUACAUUCAUUAAUGUACUGAGGCGCCAUUUAACUUUCCCUGACAAUUUGUUCGAAAACAUAUCUAAAGAUGCGGUCGAUUUUAUCGACACUACCAUCGCUAAGGAUCAACGUAAGCGCAUGACGGUCGACCAGUGCCUUGAACACCGCUGGCUGGCCGAGGAGGAGAUACUGUUAUCUCACGAUUCGCUGCCUGACGAAUCCCCAGAGGCCCACGACUGCCAAUCCACAAGCCACGAGCUUCGCCCAGUUGCUAAUCCAGUGUUGCUGCAGGAACACAACCCUGUGGUUAUAUGGACUAACUGCUCACCUGCCGGCGAAGUAGCAAAUGAAGGAACCACACUCUCAGAUGACGCUAGUGCACCCUUCAAUGGAUUAUUACAGUUGUCCGAUGUAUGCUCACAGGAGUUAUACGCUACUGCUUCAUCCAACGAUGGACCCGAUCCAAUGAUUGCGUUGGACCCGAUAUGCCCCAGUACAUUGGCUAGCACGAAUCAGUCACCAAGCCACGAACUUCACUCAGAAAGCGAUGGAACGGCGUUGAAUGGUUCGAAUGCGGCUUCAGAAAGUGUCUACGUUGGGGCAAAUAUCGAAGUGAUUGGGUUGUCUCAUGAUUUGGGGGAUCUUGUGAUAGAAUGUUAUGUUACUACAGGGGCUACCAAUGGUCCAUGCCUUAUGGUAGGCAACGAGCAGGAAAUGAUAACUAUCGCUUCUUGCGAGGAUAUUAAGGAAAACUUGGCAAUUAACGUGGGUGGUGUCGGCAACCCGACAGCGAAUAUCAUACCCCAUGCGCAGUUUCCCAAUGCUCCCACUAAACGCAAAGUGAGCCGUAAGGGACUAUCGUCCGAGCAGCAGAUUAACAGUGGCCAUCACCGCGCCGCGUGGCAGUGAUUAGAUCAUUUGUUUAAAUUCGUGUUCAGCACCGCUUUAGUUGCCAUAACAAGCGAGAGGUAAUGAGACCAAAUCCUAAGUAGAAUGCCUUUCCCACAAACAAAAAGUUACACACAUGGGACAUAUAGUAUAGAGAAUUAUGUUCUAUUAGUGUUUGCAGUACUUAAAAGCCACAAGUAUGUGAUCGCCGCCAAAAGUUUUUUCUAUAAUUCUCGUAUGAAAAGACGUGAGAAGAGAACAGCGCUAGAGUAAGAGACUAUUUAUUAGUGCGACGCUGUGUACAGUGUGCAAAAGGGUGCUCUUAUCCACUGCCGAUCAUUUUUUUGCACUCGGAUCGCGUCUCUUUUUCCCAAGUGUAGCUUUCAUUGCAUCUUUUAAGUUCCACCUUAAGAAUUCACAAAAAUACUAGCUCUUUAUAAAGGCAAAGGUGGUAGCAGCAGGUGGUAAUCAAGCAAAGGUGUAGUAUCUGAAGGUAAAGUGUAGUAAGGGAGGGAUACAUUAUUUCGAACAGAUAGCAAAUGCCGCUUUUCAAGAAGAAGCAAUGGCGGGACAUGUUACACCGAAUGAUUAGAAACUGCUGUGCCUUUUUUGAAUUCCAUUGCAACGUUGAAUUCGUUUGGAUUUUUCUUUUUAUUGUAUUUUUGGUUUACGUAUCAACACUUCACUUAGAAAAGGAAGUGAAUUGAAACAAAGUAAUGAAUUGCUAUUAAUGGAUACUUACUUUGAAACUUAAAGUAUUAACAAUUAUUUUUCCCUAGAAUGUUUAAAAAAAAGGAAGGAAAAAAUAAGAAGAGAAGGAGAACAGGUGUGUUUGUGUGAAGGUGAGGCUCACACAAAACACAUUCAUAGUAGCACAAAUCAUUGUGUGUCAUUGUGUAAACUGUUUUACUUUCUCUAGCUAAAGCUAAGAAGCCUAAAGCCUUUGCUAAAGCAAAAAGUGCCAAAAGACAUUUAAUUAAAAUCCAUCCGCCUAAACGUAUCGGUUUGAGAAAAAUGACACCACCGAAAAACUGAGUAAAAAAUCGUGGUGUGUCGAUUCCCUGUAGAAGAAACCGUUAACACUGCACACUAGCUACCUACGUACCCCUCUUUAAGUUUUUAUUUGGAGUCAUCUAACGAACAGAUAAAAUUAAAUGGUUCAGUUGGAUAAUAUAUAACAGCGUAAGAGCCAAAAUUAGUAAACGAAUGCGAAGAAGAAUUGUGCUUGUUCAUAACUGAUAUCAAUAACUCAUAUUCGACACACAAUGAUUUGUGUGACUGACUAUGAAUGUGUUUUGUGCGAGUCUCACCUUCACACAAAAACACCUGUUCUCCUUCUCUUCUUUUUUUUCCUUCCUUUUAUUUUAAAAACAUUCUAGGGAAAAAAUAGUUGUUAAUACUUUAAGUUGCAAAGUAAAUAUCCAUUAAUAGCAAUUCAUUUCUUUGUUUCCAUUCACUUCCUUUUCUAAGUGAAGUGUUUAUACGUAAACCAAAAAUACAAUAAAAAGAAAAAACCAAACGAAUUCUACGUUGCAAUGGAAUUCGAAGGGGCACAGCAGUUUCUAAUCAUUCGGUGUCACGUGUCCCGACAUUGCUUCUUUUUGAAAAGCGGCAUUUGCUACCUGCUCGAUAUAAUGUACCCCAUACUACACUACACUUUACCUUCAAAUACUACACCUUUGCUUGAUUACCACCUGCCUUUAUAAAGAGCUAGUAUUUUACAAUUUUUGUUGACCUUUUUGUUUUACUUUCUCCAGCUUUUAUCUAGAGAAAGUAAAACAAAAAAUGCCAAAAGACAUUGAAAGAGCGAAAGGAAGACGAAGGGCGGAUCAAACGGAAAGUGCCUGCGUUGGAUGUUGCUGAAAGAAGAACAUUGACGUUUGUCUAGAAAUAGUGGCUUAAUGUAUGAAACAGUUUGCUGAAAAAUCGGCAUGCUAAGGUAGAGCAGCCAGCCAGGUGUUUCUAUUUCACCUAUUUAGUCUAUUUAAUACUGUUAUGAAUUUGAAAUGAAAUCGGAAAA